CCCAAAAUAUCUCAUCCACGAUGUACCCGUCCAAGAUGAACAAUCCAUGGCUCCAUGCCGAGCUCAUAUGUAAGGAUCGGAUUGCGUCCAAAUCGGCUCUGCUCACUUAGAACCAGCCCUUCAAGACAUCUUACGUGCCGAUUUAGUCCAUGAUCCGGUGAUGCCCUCCAGCCUAAUUCCGCCUUAUGGGCCAAUGUGUAGAUUGUUGAUGUAAUCUACGCUACAUCAUCCCAAGUGCCUUAUGUUCUCAUAGAUAAGAAAGUUACACUGUUGACGUAUUAUUUCUAUAAUUAAUUCCUAUUUUUGAUUAGUUCCUUCUCCACCGAAUGCCUGGUCAUUGCUAGUGUGUUCUUAAAUGUAGUGUGCAUAGUUUAUUCCUUUCCAAUUACCCUGUUGACGUAUUAAUCUAAGAACUUAAGAAACAUUCCAUCAAUCUCAUAACUAGCUGUUUCAAGUAGAACAAGUUUUUAUAUUGUCCACUGUCUCUUAUUAUUUUCACAUAUUUUUCAUUUAAAUUCUGCAAAGUCUUGUUCUCCUUUCCGAUAACAUUAUUGAGUACAUGUUUUCUUAGCAACGAGACUUCUUCUCGAAGUAUGUUUUGAUACAAUGGUUCUGAAGAUGAGUUCAAGAAUUCAAGUCUGCAUGCUCCUGAUUUUGACUUUUUGCCAAAUUUGUUCUGUUUCAGCGCUAACAAAUGGUUUAGACGCUUCUGCUUUACAAGCCUUGAAGAGUGAAUGGACCAGGUUUCCUGAGAAUUGGAAAGGCUCUGAUCCUUGUGGAACCAAUUGGGUUGGAAUUACAUGUAACAAUAACAACCACGUUAUUUCAAUAUCAUUAGGCAACCUUAACUUGGAAGGAAAGCUUUCUGCCGAUAUUUCUUCGUUGGCUGAACUGCAGAUCUUGGAUUUGACAUCUAAUUCUAAAUUGUCUGGAUCGCUUCCAUCAAAUAUUGGUAACCUCAGGAAGUUGACUACCUUGAACCUUAUGGAAUGCGGUUUCAGUGGUGAAAUCCCUGAGUCCAUAGGAUCUCUAGAACAACUUAUAACUCUAUCCCUUAACUCAAAUAAAUUUAGUGGAACAAUUCCAGCUUCCAUUGGACGAUUAUCUAAACUAAAUUGGUUUGAUAUAGCUGACAAUCAGAUCGAAGGAACCAUUCCAGUUUCUAAUGGGACUUCUUCACCAGGACUGGACAUGCUUCUUGAAACUAAGCAUUUUCACUUUGGGAAUAACACGCUUUCUGGGGAUAUCCCAGAAAAGCUCUUCUCCUCAAACAUGACUUUAAUACAUGUGCUAUUCGAUGGAAACCAGUUCACAGGCAAAAUCCCGAACAGCCUCGGCCUCGUUAAAACGUUGACAGUGUUACGCCUUGAUAGGAAUAAACUAACAGGAGAUAUUCCUUCAAGUCUAAAUAAUCUCACAGAUCUGAAUGAACUGUACUUGGCUGACAACAGACUUACAGGUAGCCUUCCAAAUUUAACAAGCUUGGCCAAUCUCUACACAUUAGAUGUGAGCAAUAACCAAUUGACAUUCUCACUGAUUCCAUCAUGGAUCUCUACAUUAAGGUCCCUGUCAACAUUAAGGAUGGAAGGGAUCCAACUCGAAGGUCCAAUACCAAUCUUGCUCUUUGCCCCUACUCUAUUGCAGACUGUUGUAUUAAAGCGCAAUCAGUUAAAUGCAACAUUGGAUUUUGGUACCAACUAUAGCAAACAAUUAGAGCUUGUGGAUUUACAAAACAAUGAAAUAACUAAUUAUAAACCAGAAGCUAAUAAAGGCAUCCAAGUAAUAUUGGCAGAUAAUCCAGUGUGCCGAGAAGCAGGGAAUCAACAGAGUGACUUCUGCAAAGAAAUCCAACCUAGUACUGAUUUUUCUGUUCCACAAAUAAACUGUUCACCAUGUGGUCAAGGCAGGGAACCGAGUCCAGCGUGCCGCUGUGUGUAUCCAAUUACAGGAAAACUCAUCUUCAGGUCUCCUUCCUUCUCAGGUUUUUCCAAUAACACCAACUUCAUAAUGCUCCAUCAGGGGAUAGCAGAUUUCUUUAGGGACCCCAGUUAUCAAGUGGACUCCGUGGCCAUCAGAAACUUUAGAGAGACUGCAACUGGUCAUCAGCUUCUAGUAGACCUCUUGUUAUUUCCAUUGGACAAGGAGAGCUUUAAUCAGACAGAAAUGAAUAGUGCUAUUUCUGCGUUUAGCACUCAUACAUAUGACCCUCCUGAAAUAUUUGGGCCUUACAUUUUCAGAGCUGAUCAGUACCGUCCGUUUUCUGGAGGUUCCAUUUCAACAAACACGGGCAUUGUCAUCGGAGCAGUAGUUGGUGCCGUGGUUCUUGUAAUGUUGUUAACCAUAGCUGGGAUUUACGGUCUUAGGCAGAAGAAGAGAGCAGAGAAAGCCACUGGUCAAAAUAAUCCUUUUGCCAAAUGGAAUCAGAGUACAAGCAGUGUCGAUGCUCCGCAGCUAACGGGAGCAAAAGCAUUUACUUUUGAAGAGUUGAGGAAAUGCACGGACAACUUCUCAGAGGCAAAUGAUGUUGGAGGUGGAGGUUAUGGCAAGGUGUACAAAGGGAUUCUUCCCUCUGGGAAACUCCUAGCCAUCAAAAGAGCGCAACAAGGAUCUUCUCAAGGGGAGUUGGAGUUUAAAACUGAGAUUGAGCUUCUUUCAAGGGUCCAUCAUAAGAAUGUCGUCAAACUCUUAGGCUUUUGUUUUGAUCGAAGUGAACAAAUGCUUGUAUACGAGUACAUUCCAAAUGGCUCUCUUACCGACGGUCUAUCAGGUAAGAAUGGUAUUAGACUUGAUUGGACUAGAAGGCUCAAAAUAGCACUUGGGUCCAGCAAGGGUUUGGCUUAUCUUCAUGAGCUUGCUGAUCCACCAAUUAUACACAGAGACAUCAAAUCAAAUAAUAUACUACUUGAUGAAAAUUUAAACGCAAAGGUUGCCGACUUUGGCCUCUCAAAACUUGUGGGAGACCCUGAGAAAAAUCAUGUGACAACACAAGUGAAAGGAACUAUGGGCUAUCUGGAUCCUGAGUACUACAUGACGAAUCAAUUGACUGAGAAGAGCGAUGUGUAUGGGUUUGGUGUGGUGAUGCUUGAGCUAUUAACUGGUAAAAGUCCGAUCGUGGGCGGCAAAUACGUGGUGAAAGAGGUGAAGGCAAAGAUGGAUAAAUCAAGGAACUUGUAUGACCUGCAAGAAUUGGUGGCCACGACUAUCAUUGCAAACAGUGAAAAUCUGAACGGGUUUGAGAAGUAUGUGGAUCUUGCUUUGAGAUGUGUGGAUGGGGAAGGAGUGAAGAGACCAUCCAUGGGUGAGGUUGUCAAAGAGAUUGAGAACAUUAUGCAGCUUGCGGGAUUAAACCCUUAUAUUGAUUCAGCGACUAAUUCGAGAACGUACCAGGAAGCAAGCAAAGGAUCUGGUGAUCCUUAUGGCUAGGAAAUCCAGUGAUUGAAUUUUUUUUUUGUUAAACUCAUAAAUGAUUUCUUUCUUGAUGCUUCGUGAUUGUGGACUCGUAAAUGAAUUUGUUUUGGUUUAUUAUGUUUCUUCUGUUU